AUGCUUUCCAACCUAUUCAUCGCUGGUGCGCUAUGGAGCCAGUCCACUAUUGCACAAAACAUGCUACGCUUCGGAUGCUCCCAACUCACCGUUGAACGAGCCGACCCCCUCGUUAACCCAGGACAAGCCCCUUCCCCUCACACCCAUCAGAUCAUCGGCGGAAACUCCUUCAACCUGACCAUGACCCCCGCCGAAUUCGACCCCCCUUCCCUCUCCACCUGCACAACCUGCACCUACGCCGAAGACUUUAGCAACUACUGGACCGCAAGCCUCUACUUCAAAUCCCCCGAAAACGGCACCUACCAACGGGUCCCCCAAUUCGCCAACAUCGGCCUCCAACAAGACGGCGGCAUGACGGUCUACUACAUGCCCUACAGCGCCAAAAACAACAAAGUCACCGCCUUCAAACCCGGCUUCCGCAUGAUUGCCGGCGACCCAACCGCCAAAAAGAGUAACCGCGUCUCCAUCUGUCACCGCUGCCAAAACCCCAACUCCGGCUUCGGCGCCCCUUGCGACGCAGGCGAUACCGCCGAGCUGCCGACCAAGUACUGUGCGGAUGGGAUCCGGGCGACGAUCAUCUUCCCGUCGUGCUGGGAUGGUAAGAAUCUGGAUAGUCCGGAUCACCGGAGCCAUGUUGCGUAUUCGAAUGCUGGCGGGUUGGGGACGCCGAAUUGUCCGAGUUCGCACCCGGUGGCGAUUCCGCAGGUCAUGUAUGAGAUUAUGUGGGACGUGGGGCGGUAUAAGAAUGCAGCGUGGUAUGCUGGGGGGAAACAGCCGUUUGUUUAUAGUUUUGGGGAUGGGUAUGUCUUUUUUUUUUUUUCUUUUUUCUUUCUCCUUUGCUCUCUUACACUUGACUCCCUCUAUCUAUUGUCUCUCUCCCUCUCACGCAAUACCACACACUCCAUCUAA